CAAGCGUCGAGCAAGGUAAGGAUUAUCUGUACACUGAUGCAUUUUACUUGAUUAGACAUGACUUCAACAAAGCCGUACAUUGGCUGCAAAAUUGGGUUGCUUUCUAAAGCACAAAAUCGCUAUGAGGGUAUUUUGUAUACAAUUGACAAAGUGGACUCCACAGUUGUGCUGGCGAAAGUCAAAUGUUAUGGAACGGAAGGGCGACCUACUGACAGACCUACACCACCCAAAGAUGAUAUCUACGAGUAUAUCACCUUCCGGGGAAGUGAUAUCAAAGAUAUCACAUUGUGUGAGGCUCCAAGGCAUCAUGGCUUACCUGCAGAUCCAGCAAUAAUUCAGUCCCAGUCAUCCAGCCCAGGACCAUCAAGUGUCUAUCCACCUUUUGGGCCAUUUAGUCCAAUACAACUACCUGCCAUCAGCCAGCUUGCAGCCAGUUCCCUACUUAAUCAACAGUAUGCCGCAGCUCUUGGCCUAGGUCAUUUGCUUCCAGGCUUGCAUGUUCAUAGAGGCCCAAUGGUGGAAAAGGCUGUUCAAACUCUCCGUGUGGAAGACUUCAGACAGAGAGGUUUGACUGCUCCACAGGAGCAGGACCAGCACUGGGAGAAGAGAAGGCCCUUCAGGACCAGAGGAGAAACAACUACUAAUGCCAGAAGGGGCAUUGUAUCCAGCAUUAGGUCAGGCCCAGUGGUGCCAACUGCUCAUCAGUCUUCUCAGCAGCAGAAAGAUGAAAACAGGCCUCCUACCAGACGUCGAGGUCCCCGAAGACGCAGAAAUCGUAGUAGGGGUCCACUGAUGGUGGCGAAGUUUCCCUCAGCCACACUCAAGUUUGACACCGACUUUGAUUUUGACUCCUCAAAUGCACAGUUCAAUAAGGAGGAGCUGGAUCGGGAGGUGCAGGACAGGAUGAAUAUGAAAGGUGCAAAUAAUACAGGAGAAAAAAUAACAGAUGGAGCACACCUGAAUAAAGGCGAUCAUUUUGGACCAAAGUGUUACUACGACAAAGCAAAGUCCUUCUUUGAUAAUAUCUCCUCUGAUAAAAAUCUUAGGCUAACAUGGGCAGAGGAACGUAAACGUAAUCUGGAGACCUUUGGGGUCCCUGGGCGGUUUCGCAGGGGCCAAGGCUUUCGAGGUGGAUAUCCUGGACAAAGAGGAGGAGGUGUAGCUCAGACUCGAAUUCCAUCCAGAAGCGGCAGUGGACAACUGUAAAGGUCAGGGUUACUGUAUGAGGGUGCGCUCCCAUACAGUACAUACCUGAAUAGUGAUAUUUUUGUAAUAAUUAUGAAAUGGGGCUUUCCCAUUUAGUGUAAAAGUUACUUUAUAAUCAUCUGUUUGAGGUGGUUAUUUUACACCCACAUUGCCAUCUUUAAUUUUCAUUUGAAGUUAAUGCCACUAAUUUGCAUAGGACUGUAUAGUUGUCCAAGGUAGUUUUUUGUUUUCCUUUUUAAGAAAAGUGAAUGUCUAAGUUUUCUGUGACUUGCAGAUUAUCCAUUGUUAAAAUGUUUGUAUUGGCUCCGGUGCUAAUGGUGAGUUGAACUGUUUUUUUCUGCAUUAAUUGUUUGGCAAAGCUGUAAAUGGUGACCUAAUUAACCUGCCCUUAGAUGCUUGAGGCUAUUUCACUUUAUUUCAGUUAUAUUUCAGCCGUGAGUAAAAAUGAUGUAAAU